CUCGGCGAUGUCAUCGAUCUGCAUGCCCUGACUCCGCCGAGCCGGGAUCGUCGUCGACGAAUGCCGCCCGACUCGAUGCCGGGGCCGUCGUCGGUUUUUCCGCGAAGCCGUCGUGCCAUUUUCACCGAUAUGUUAACACUCGCGAUGUCAGCACGACGAAUGCUCGAGCGUAUUUGCUGAACGGUGUCGUACGGUUGUUACUUUUUACGCAUCAAAUUUCAAGAAUGAACAUAAUGCGUAAAUUACGAGGGGGUGCCGGCGUUGGAGGUAUGGGUUCGAGUGGUACUGGUGGUUUGGACGAUAGCGCUGGAGGCACAAAUCCUCAGCACACUGCUCUGGGGCUUAUGCACCUGAAGAAACUGUUUUCCGAAUAUACUCAUCCACCACAUCCCCUUUCCGAUGCUGAACGUGAUGAUAAAUUGUAUAAUAUGUUGCCAUUAUUUUGCAAGGUAUUUGGAUCUAGUCCAUCGGGAGAUAUGAAUGAAAAGUUCUGGGAUAUUUUGGCAUUCACGCAACAAGUAUCAAGACUUAUGGUAUCUGAAAUCAGGAGAAGAGCAAGCAACCAGAGCACUGAGACAGCAAGUUGUGCCAUUGUCAAGUUUUUAGAAAUUGAGAAUAGCGAAGAAUCGAGUAAUGGCUGGAUGCUGUUGUCCGCAUUGAAUUUGUUGGCGGCAGGCGAUACCUCUCUAAUACAAGCCAUGACUGCUGCCUCAGUUCCAUCAACUCUGGUAAAAUGUUUAUAUCUGUUCUUUGAUCUACCUGAAAUGAACGAAGAAGAUGCUGAUAUUACAGAUGCAAAUAGUGAAUUUACUCCUAGAGAACGUAGGAUAUUAUUACAAAAAAUAUUUGUUCAGUUGUUGGUGAGAUUAUGCAGUCACCCCUAUCCUGCAGAAGAACUCGCCCGUAAGGACGAUCUUACCUUACUGUUCUCAGCAAUAACCAGUUGGUGUCCACAGUACAAUAUUAUGUGGCGUAAAAGUGCCGCCGAAGUUUUGAUGACGCUGUCUCGACAUGGUCUUACACAAAAUGUAGUAGCUUAUAUUCAUAAUAAAGGAUGCAUAGCACUUUGUAUCGAUAAUAUGCAACGUGUACCUGAGCUGGCACCAUUAGAGGUUGUAGAAAUGUUUGUAACAGUGUUCUGUUUUCUAAAAGAUUCCAGCGAGGUUUCUCAAACAUUGCUAGAUGACUUUCGUGCUUGUCAGGGCUAUAUCUUUUUAUCCGAGUUUCUCUUAAAACAUGCGCCGUCAAGAUUAGAGCAAGAUAGUAGAGCGGAAGCGCAAGACGCUAUCCGAAAUUUGGUACUAAUGUUAGCAUCUUUAACAAUGUGUGGUCAUACAGAGCUGAAACCAAGUCAAGCUAGUAUGGGAUCCCUAUUUCAAAUGCUCGGCUUUACCUUACCCCAACCUAGUAACAGAGGAGGAAGUGUCCGAAACAUUCAAGCGUUCCAAGUAUUACAAUCUGUAUUUAUAAAAUCUAAUUCGCCACUUUUAUGUUGCACUAUAUUGGAUGCGAUAUCCAGUGUAUAUCAUAGCGACAAUGCGAAUUAUUUUAUUCUCGAGGGACAAAAUACCUUGUCUCAGUUUGCAGAGAAAAUUCAUUUGAAGAAUCUAGAGAUACAAGAAAAAUUCUUUCAGCUAUUGGAAUUUAUAGUUUUCCAACUUAAUUUUGUUCCGUGUAAAGAACUCAUCUCCCUAUCCAUCUUAUUGAAAACGAACAAUUCAAUCUCUUGCAGUAUCAUGUGUAUGGAGACUCUCCUCAAUAUACUCAGACACAAUACUAUAUUUAAAGACGUUUAUAGAGAAGUUGGUAUGUUGGAGGUUUUUGUGACUUGUCUUCAUCGAUAUGCAACAUUACUCAAGGAUAAGCAAGCUGCGAUCGAUCAAGGAUUAGAAUACACGAUAUGUCCCGAGGAUGAACGGUUGGGUGCCUUAGUAAUGGAGGCUUUAACAACGUUAUUAGCGAGUAACGUUCAAAAUGCGAAUGUCUUUAGAGAAUGCGGGGGCGCACGUUGCGCCCACAAUCUAGUGCCCUACGUAGAUUGCCGAUAUCAAGCACUCGGUAUCGUUAGAGAAUUGAUACUAAGCGCGGGUGGUGACGACGACAUGGCUACGCUAUUGGGAGUUAUGCAUUCGGCACCUCCUAACGCCUUGAUUCUAAAGACGCAUAUAUUAAAAUCAUUGCUAGCCUGUUUACGAGAGUCGCAUAGAACUAGAACGGUUUUCCGAAAAGUCGGAGGCUUCGUUUAUGUAAUGUCUGUUCUGGUAUCCCUGGAGGGUCAAUUAGGUUCGCAAAGAUCGGAAAAGAGUGAACCCUGCAACGAUAUCGUGCAGAGGACUAUGCAGGACGAAAGCCAAUUGCUGACAUUGUUGCAUGUAGUGUUUCAUACUAUAAGUACGGCGAUGCGAUUCGAGCCAGCGAAUGCGAAAUUUUUCCAUCACGAGAUCUGCCAAUCAAGUUUGUGUGAUACUUUACGUCUUCUCGGUUGUUUUUCGACUCAAACGAAAAUCACCGAGAUGGAUAUGAUACCGACUGUGAAUUAUCAUAACAUGCUAGUGUCGUUAUUUACUGGGAGUGUAUUGGAACCGGUAUUUCCAGAUGAUAUGCCAAAAACAUUGGGAUACGCGUGUUUACUAUUACGUUUGCUGUAUGACGUAGCGCUUGACUCCUUCGACAAACCAAAUUUAGCUAAUGUAGGCAUAAGAUCUCCGAGUCAUAAACAAAAUAGCGUGGAGCAACAGAGAUCAUUUGAUUCUCCCGGAAGUAGCAAGAGAUGUAUUAUAAAUUCUUUAAACCUAAGCCCACCCACACCCGAGCCGAUUGUAGUUCAUCCCGGUAUAGUGGUGGGAAUGCUUCACUUACUCCCAUCUAUAUCCGAAUCAUCUAAUCCACAAAUGGCGCUGGCAUUACAAUUGUACGUGGCGGAGAUCAUCAAGAGUUUGGUACGAUCGGAAAGAAAUCAGCAGGUCAUGUGCGAAGCUGGUAUGGCCGGAGAAUUGUUAUCCGUGGGUAGAAUCGCUUUACAGGACGAGACACAUCCGCUUCAUCAACCUCUGCAAUACAUCAUAGAGAGACUAGCCGCGCAAUCGCUCGAACCGAGAGAUUUACGAGAGUUUUUACGUUUGGGUGAUCCGUUAUGUUGCAUUUCACUGAACAAUAUCGAUCAUAGCAAACCCAGGGGAGGACCGGUUCCUUUAACGCGAAUCAAGACAUUAGUAUCGAUGACAACACCCAAGGACUUUAGAGCUCACGGUUCGUGCACUUUGCCGCCUUUCGUGGAAUUGGAUAUGAGCGCCGAGGGAUUCGCGUGUUUGUACUUGCCGAGUGUCGCUCCGCAAAGCACGACACCUCCUACGGUUGUCUCUGCGGACAAUAGUGUAUUGGGAGGAAUUGGAUCAGGCGAUAGAUUAUUCCCACCACAGACCGGCUUAACGUAUAGCACAUGGAUAUGCGUUGACAAAUUUAGUGAUCCUAGAACCGAUCCUCAUUGCGUGAGAUUACUCACCUUGGUGCGCAUCCCACAAUCUGCAAGAGACUUAAUUUGCCUGACUGCUGUUCUUAGUGCUAGAGAUAAGGCCAUUAUUGUUUCCACUCAGGAGACUCCCAUUCCGCAAAAUACAGGUGAAUGGGAACCCGAAGGAACGGGUGAAUGCGGCGCUCGAGUCUGGUGUCCUGAUUUACUUCACGAGGGACAGUGGCAUCACAUAGCUAUUGUGUUAAAUCGCGCGGUUCUUAAAAAUUCAAGUUUUUCAUUAUACUUAGACGGUCAGCAUAUCCAUAGUCAAAAGCUUCAUUACAUCACGCAAGUUCCUGGUGGUGGAGCUGCCAACUUGACUGUGGCUUCUCCGGUUUACGGCUACAUCGGUACGCCGCCCUGUUGGCGCAGAUAUUCCAGAUUGACGUGGAAACAAGGACCGUGUCACUUAGUGGAGGAAGUUUUUAAUUCUCAAAACAUUGCCACUUUGUUUAAACUAGGACCGCAUUACAUGGGAAGCCUGCAAGCUCCGCAAUUGAGUGGUCCUGAACCUCUAGCACCUCUCGUGGCUGAGGAAAAGGUUGUGUUUGGGUUGAAUGCAAAAGCCAUGUCGCAAUUGACUUUAGCUAAAAUUAGAAAAGUAUACAGCCGAGCUGAUAAUAAAUCAAUCGCCAAACAACUUGGUAUGUCAUCUCAUGAGAACGCCACACCUAUCAGGGUUCUCCAUAAUUCUGCGGGACAUCUCAGCGGUCCAGCUAGAGCAUUAGGUGGUGUAGUUGUUGGUUACCUUGGUGUUCGUGUAUUUAGUCCUAAACCAGUAGCUACUAUGAUUGAUAAUGUAGGAGGAUGUUCAGUGUUAUUAGGUUUAAUAGCUAUGGCCCAAGAUGUAGAAUCUUUGUACGCAGCUGUAAAGGCAUUAGUUUGCGUAGUGAGAUCCAAUCAAGCGGCCCAACAAGAAAUGGAUCGUAGAAGAGGAUAUCAGACUCUAGCUAUGUUAUUAAGAAGAAAAUGUCCUCUCUUAAACAGUCAUAUAUUGCACUUGACAUUUAGUCUUGUGGGUACGGUCGAUAGCGGUAGAGAAACUAGUGCGAUUCCUAAUGUCACAGCGUUUCAGGAUCUCUUAUGUGACUUACAAGUCUGGCACGAAGCACCCGGGGAAUUACUGAGAUCUCUUCUCGAACAUCUGUACGAAUUAAUAGCAGAGUCCAGUGAAAAGCGAACUAAUCUGCGAUUAAUGAGAGAUUUGCAAUUAGUACAUAAAUUAUUGCAUAUUUUGAGUGAUGUGAAAUUAGGCAGCACCAGACAAGUCCUUUUAGCGCUUCUUAGUAUAUUAUUGAGUCAACCACGACAGGCUGAUCUACUAUGGUUUGGGCAAUUUAUUGUAGCAACCUUACCACAAUGUUCUGAAAAACACUUAGUGCUUAGAGAAGGAGAAGGAAACAGAGAUGGGGAAGGAGAGAGUAUACUUUUACGUAAUCGUUGUUUACAGCUCUUACACUCAUUGUUGUUUAACGGAUCCAAAAUUAAUGUAAAUAUGUGCGAAGAAGUAGCCAAAGUUCUGGGCCUAGAUUGGGUACUAUUGUUCCUCCAAUCUGAUCUUCAUAGUACCACAGUUGUCUGGGGGUUACGUAUACUCGUGGCAGUAUGUUCAGUGCAAUCAAUCUUGCAAAAAUUCAAAGAGGGUACAAGCAAUGGUGGUUGGCUGCGACAUACUGAUCACAAUAAAAUGGCACUAGCACUCGGUUGUCACCAACAAAUGUCUACUGGUGAGAUUAAGCCAUCUGGACUUCACGUACCAGGAUUUCAGCAUCUGGGCUGGUUACUUCCACAACAUAUCGAUCUUGUUCCAGAACUUUAUUUUCUCUUUAUUGCUCUUAUGAUGGGGCAACCUGUGAAAUUGUUACCUACGGAUUCCAAGCUCGAUUUGGAUAAUGUUUGGAACUUUAUGUUCGGAGUCCCGGCAAAUCACACGUUAUCGUCUUUUACUAGCAGAAUUAAUCUUUGUCCUGAAGCGAUGGUCACGUUAUUAGCUAUGGUGCGAACAAUGUUGAAUAGUCACUCGAGCAACCCGGAAGUAUUACCAGCAUGGUUAAAUGAUUAUCCGGUGACAAUAAUACAAUUCUUGUUCUUCCUUUAUCGCAACUUCACCGACUUUAUGCAGGUCUUUAUGUCCGCGGAAGUUUUGGGUGCCUUAGCCGGGACCUUGUUUCCGAAACCCGUCAGUUCUAGUCAGGAUAGCAGCGGUGCUAGUACCCCAGCUGACGAGCAGGAACCGGUAUUAGUGAGAUCACCGUCGAAAGACGUAGGACUGACGAAUCACCCCGCGAAGAAGUUCGUGAUGGACUUUUUUAAAGUUAUUGUCGUCGAUUCGCUCUCACUGCCGGUGACGGCCAAGUCACCGGCGAUAGAUCUCGUCCUGGAAGCGUGGCCGGAACAUGCAUCAACGGGACAGCAAAUGCGUUAUCAGACAGAGGUGUUGUCGAUAUUGAUGGAACAUCUGUUGGCCGCAGAUGUAUUGAUCGGGGAACAGGCCGCGUUGCCCGUCGUUCCUGGAGGAUCAGCCAACAAUAUAACUAACAAUGUUUGUUACGUGGCAGCCAGAAUAGUUGACAAAUUAUGGCAAGGUGCUCUGACAAAAGAUCCGCAUGAAGUAUUCGAUUUUAUUGUAAAACUAAUCGGCCAAGCAAAAAGGCGUCCUGGCGCAGUCAGCAUGGAGGGCCUUCAUCACUGCCUGAAUAGGACAAUUUUAUUCUUACUGUCACGUGCGACUGAUUCCAUUGCUGAUCAAAUGGCUGUAUUGGAGGCAUUGCAUAAGCUUACUACUCAUAGAUUAUUGGUGUUUGGCGCUGGCAAUCACGAAUUAGAAUUUAUCGGCUGUUUGACAUAUUGUCUGUUGCAACUGACAGCUGAUAUAAAGAUUAUGUUGGACACUAACAUGAAAACAACAUGGCAUGUUAAUCCUCAAGUGGAAUCCAGCGAUGAUAGACUGACGUCUCAUCAGGGACAUAACUUGAUGGCUGUCGCGGCGACAAGAGUUUGGGAGGAACUUUACGUGUGUAAGAAACCAGCCAUAGAGGAAGUUUUUAAAGUGACUCUACCGGCACCUGUGAGCAAUGAACGCGCACCGGAAUUGUCGGUCGUGAGAGAACAAGUUCACGAGGCCGCAUCCAAGCUUUGGCUAAACUACGUAGUUUCGGAAAGAAGAGCCACGUACAGAGCUCCCUGGGAACUUCACAAUCAGAUCCAGUCGAAAAUUCAAAAGGUGACAGGAGGAUUGACGAGAUUGGCGAGCCGGACAAAGGUGCGAAAGGAAGAAUCUGUGCGCGUAAGACUUAGAUUACAUCAAAGCACGGUUGCUCAGUGGACGGAGCAACAUGUUGCCUUAGUCAGAGAGCUCGCUGCGGUGAGGCGUUUGCAACAUCAACAAACGAAUCUGCACACUCAGCGUUAUGUGUAUCAAGAAUGGCUGCAAACCGAGACGGAACUGACUAGAGAACGCGGUCUUUGGGGACCUCCGAUACCCACUAGCCUUGACAAAUGGAUGUUGGAUAUGACGGAAGGACCGUGUAGAAUGCGAAAGAAGAUGAUGAAGAAUGAACUCUUUUACAUACAUUAUCCAUAUCGGCCUGAAUUAGAGCAUCCUGAUAAUAAACAGCUAAAGUACAAAGUAGCAUCGAGUAUGGAUAGUAAGGAGUACUAUCUGAAGCAGCUCGGUAAUUCAUCGGGAAUGUUUGAACGUGAACGAGAUCCCGUUAUAGACGACACACCGUUAAACGUCAAUGAAGCUUCUACAGAGAGCGAACCACCGAUGGUUCCGUGCACGCUAGAACGUCACGCCAGUGAACCGGAUGAAGCGCCCGAGGAUAACGAACAGGAGGAAGAAAACAAUCAAGCUGUUCCGGACAAUCAGACGUUGUUACGUCUCCUCGAGGAACAUGAAAAGAUAAGCCACAUGUUUAGGUGCGCAAGAAUACAAGGUUUGGACACGACCGAGGGUCUUCUCUUAUUCGGAAAGGAACAUUUCUAUGUGAUCGACGGAUUUACGUUGCUGAAGUCUAGAGAGAUAAGGGAUAUAGAAAGUUUGCCAGAUGCGUACGAACCCAUUUUGCCAUCGCCGGGAUCUCCCAGAAGAUCUAGAGCGAUGAGACAGUGUUCUAAGUUUAAUUACGAAGAUAUCAGGGAAGUACACAAGAGACGAUACCUGUUGCAACCCAUGGCGCUGGAAGUGUUCAGCGGAGAUGGUAGAAACUAUUUACUAGCAUUCCCACGAAAGGUCAGGAACAAGGUCUAUCAAAGAUUCAUGACAUUCGCUACCGCGAUAGCCGACAGCGCUCAGCAAUCCGUAGCCGGCCAAAGGCGAACGGCGAAUGUCGAACAGGCCACUGGCUUACUCUCGAAUCUUAUAGGAGAAACAUCGGUCACUCAAAGAUGGGUGAGAGGAGAAAUAUCGAACUUUCAAUACCUGAUGCAUCUGAAUACGUUGGCGGGUCGUAGUUACAACGAUCUUAUGCAAUAUCCAAUAUUUCCGUGGAUCCUGGCUGAUUAUGACAGCGAGGAGCUCGAUCUUACGGAUUCAUCGACGUUUCGAGAUUUUGGUAAACCUAUGGGCGCGCAAAGUCCCGAACGAUUGCUGCAAUUUAAGAAAAGAUACAAGGAAUGGGAUGAUCCGCACGGAGAGACUCCUCCUUAUCAUUACGGCACGCAUUAUUCAUCGGCGAUGAUAGUAUGCUCCUAUCUGGUGAGAAUGGAACCAUUCACACAACAUUUUCUCAGAUUACAGGGUGGGCAUUUCGAUUUAGCCGAUAGAAUGUUCAAUAGUGUAAAGGAGGCAUGGUUGUCAGCUUCCAAACAUAAUAUGGCAGACGUGAAGGAACUUAUUCCGGAAUUUUUUUAUCUCCCGGAAUUUCUUAACAAUUCGAAUCACUUUGAUUUAGGCUCUAAACAAAGCGGUGUUCAACUUGGCGAUAUCGUUCUUCCACCUUGGGCGAAGCAGGAUCCUCGCGAAUUUAUCCGUGUACAUAGACUCGCGUUAGAAUGUGAUUAUGUCUCGCAGCAUCUUCAUCAGUGGAUCGAUUUAAUAUUCGGAUGCAAGCAAAAUGGUCCUGCGGCCGUCGAAGCUGUCAAUGUGUUCCAUCACUUGUUCUACGAAGGCAACGUUGACAUUUACAACAUCGACGAUCCGUUGAAGAAGAACGCGACUAUCGGUUUCAUCAAUAAUUUCGGCCAAAUACCUAAGCAGCUAUUCAAGAAGCCGCAUCCGGCGAAGAAAAUGACGCAAAGAACUAGUGUGAUCGAUCCUGGACCGAUCACUCCUGGAUUAAGUAUCACCACAUCUGACAAAUUGUUCUUCCAUAAUCUCGAUAAUCUGAAGCCUUCUUUGCAGCCCAUUAAAGAAUUAAAGGGUCCUGUGGGACAGAUAUUGCACGUCGAUAAAGCCGUGUUGGCGGUGGAACAAAACAAGACACUUAUUCCUCCCUCUUACAACAAAUAUGUGGCAUGGGGAUUCGCUGAUCAUUCUCUCAGAAUAGGGAAUUACGACAGCGAUAAAGCAAUCUUUGUCGGCGAGGCUCUGAUGCAAAGCAGCGGAGAGAUAGUGGCGUGCGUUUGUCCGUCUUCCAAAUUAAUAGUUACCGCUGGCACCAGUUCUGUUGUAACUGUCUGGGAAUAUGCCAAGCGACAACUUUCUAUAAAGCAGUGCCUGUACGGACAUACCGAUGCAGUCACGUGUUUAUCGUCCAGUCCCGCGUACAACGUUAUCGUGUCCGGAUCGCGAGAUGGUACAGCGAUUAUAUGGGAUUUAUCCCGAUGCUUGUUUGUGCGUCAGCUUCGAGGACAUGCUGGACCAGUCGCUGCAGUUGCCAUAAAUGAAUUAACGGGAGACAUAGCUACAUGCGCGGCUACGUGGUUACACGUAUGGAGUAUCAACGGGGAAGAGUUGGCGAGCGUUAAUACGUGUGUCGGUCGCGCCGACAGGAUGCAACAGAUAUUAUGCGUCGCUUUCAGUCAAACCCAUGAAUGGGAUUCACAGAAUGUUAUUAUGACCGGCUCCACCGAUGGUGUUGCUCGGAUGUGGUCGAUGGAUUACGUGCAAGUACCCGCGGAAGAAGAGAAGCCCGAAGAAGUGACGGCUGCCGAAAAAGAAAAGAACGAGAAACAAAGUACCGAGGAAAACCAAACUGAAACAACAAUAAAAAGAGUUAAAGAAUUGGUUAAACAAAUGAGUAUAUCCGCCGAGGGAUCCGGUAUACUUAUGAAGAGCGGUUCUGAGAGUAGUCUCUCCGAGACGGAAAAUGCCAAAGAGGCUUCCAGACUUCACGAGGAAAAGGAAGAGUGCUCUGAUAACGAAUCGAGCAACGGCUCUAGUAAUAAACCCUCGCCUCAGAGUAAUCACGCAUCUUUAGUCGUAUUGCGUCGGAAGAGUCGUGGAAAUCCGAUGUUUAGAAAGAGCGAAGGCGGUGGACGUGCCGAUAGUGAGGGCACGCAGACUAGCGAGUCUACCAGCAACCCAGGAGAUUCGGAAGGAGCGUUGAGAGCUAGCAAGAGCGACACCAGCUUGACCGACAGCUUCGUGAUGGUUACCGAGGCUGAUACAAAACCGCGAAAGAUCAAUCCGCAAAAUAUCCUGCGAGACGGCUUCAAAUGGCAAAGACAAUUGGUAUUUCGCAGUAAAUUAACGAUGCAUACCGCCUAUGAUCGUAAGGACAAUGCAGAACCGGCGUCUAUCACAGCUUUAGCAGUAUCAAGGGAUCAUAGAACAGUGUACGUGGGUGACACACGUGGCAGAGUGUUUUCAUGGAGCGUGUGCGAGCAACCCGGACGCACGGUCGCCGAUCAUUGGCUGAAGGACGAGGGAGCGGAUUCUUGCGUCGGUUGCGGCGUCCGAUUCAAUUUAUAUGAAAGAAGGCACCAUUGCCGCAACUGUGGACAAGUAUUCUGCUCGAGAUGCAGCCGAUUCGAGUCGAAGAUAUCCAGACUUGGUAUCUUAAAACCCGUUAGAGUCUGUCAGGGCUGUUAUUCGUCAUUACGGUCUCAGAGUAACUCCGCCGAGAGUAACACUUAAUAUGGUACACAGUACACAUGGGAGUCUUAUCUUAUAUAUAUAAAUCGUUAAAUUAUACAGGAAACUCUUAGCGGAUUGUAAAUACUUGUGUGUACCUAAUAACCUUUUAGUUGAAUUUCUCUGUACACGAACAACACAAAGAUAUGUGGCGUGUGUGUAUGUAUGUGCAAAAACUGAACUACGCGCAAUUUACUGCAUUUUUUAUGGAUGAGUUAGCGGCAGUCAUGACUCCGUUUGCAUCUGCAUAAGUAAAGGUUGUUGCAUUUUUUAUUUCGAUAACAUUUUUGUUAUUAAGAUGACUGAUUGUGAACAACAAAGUAUGAUUAUCAUAUGGAUCAUUUGUUAGAUUAUACAUUCCUGUCGAUUGUGAUUCAAAUCAUGCAUAAAACUAAUUUAAUUUAUAUGCGAAAUAAAUUCCUUCAAUAUGUAAUAAAAUAC